AUGUUUGCCCACCCAACCAAUCUUUCCAUUGUCGCGGGGGCGACUGACAAUCCGCUAUGGACUAUGACUUUGGGCGAAUUGAUCGAGACCCAGGCCAAGUGCUACGGAGGGCGAACCGCAGUCGUAUUUCCGUGGCAAAACAUUUCCAGGACAUACCACAGCCUCUCGCUCCGAAGCAAGCUCAUCGCCAAAGCCUUGCUAGCCGCCGGGCUCCAGCAUGGAGACUGUGUAGCAAUUACUGCCGGCAACUGCUACCAAUACAUUGAGGUCUUUUUUGGCGCUGCUCGCAUUGGCUGUCCCGUAGUGGUGUUGAAUUCCACGUAUACCCCUACAGAACUACAAAGAGCCGUGUCAUUUUCCGAAUGCAAAAUCAUCUUUGCUGCACAGUUUUCCGGUCCAAAGGGGGAUCUGUCCGAGCACCUCGAGCAUCUCGACAAGCAUGGUAGCGACGACGCACAGCUCGUGCUGUUCGACUCGUCAUUCAGGUCCCGGGACAACCGAUUGAGCGUCACCACAUAUGAUGACUUUGUUGGCAAAGCGGAGUCGUCCCAUGUCAGCGACUCGUUGCUUGUGGAGAAGGAAUCUCUCGUGAAAGCUGGUGAUGUGCUCAACAUACAGUUUACGUCUGGUUCGUCCAACUGGCGCUUCUCCAGCGUGUCCAAGAGUAAUAUUGACUGUUUGUCAGGCACAACUGGCUUACCCAAAGCCUCUAUGCUAACCCACAUGAACCUAAUCAAUAACGGCAAACUUGUUGGAGACCAACUUCGACUCACCGAAAGAGAUGUAGUCUGCUGCCCUCCUCCAUUGUUCCACUGCUUCGGCCUGGUCAUGGGUGUUCUCGGCGCGUUUACCCACGGGAGCUCGAUCGUCUUUCCUUCUGCACAGUUCAACGCGGACCUAGUUCUCGACAGCAUCGAAUCGGAAUCAUGCACCGUUCUAUACGGCGUCCCGACCAUGUUCUUGGUGGAAUUGGAGGUCAAUAAAAGGCGGAAGCGGGACACAUCGUCGCUUCAAAAGGCUCUAGCUGCGGGGGCGCUGGUUCCGCAAGCAGUUGUGCGCAGACUGAAGCAUGAAAUGAACCUCGAGACUGUAUUAAUCGCCUAUGGCAUGACUGAAACGAGUCCCGUCACCUUUGGCACGAGGUUCGAAGACCCGAUAGAGCAGCGCCUCACCUCGGUAGGGACCGUCUUCCCGCACACCGGUGCCAAAAUUGUCGACUCCAGAGGUCGUAUUGUGCCUCGGGGUGUUCGUGGCGAGAUUUGCACCAGCGGCUAUGCCUUGCAAAAGGAAUACUUGAAGAACGCGGAGAAGACGGCAGAGGUAAUGCGCGCGGAUUCUGAUGGCGUCGUGUGGAUGCAUACCGGUGACGAGGGUGUCAUUGACGAGCAAGGAUAUUGCCGGGUGACGGGCCGGAUUAAAGACAUGAUAAUACGAGGGGGCGAAAAUAUCAUGCCGACAGAGAUUGAAGAGCGGCUCCUCGCUCAUGCGUGCGUCGUGGAAGCCAGUGUCAUUGGACUACCAGACGAGAGGUACGGCGAAGCUGUGGCGUGUUUUCUUCGCCAAAAGGAGGCUUGCGCUCGGCCUGAUGAUGCCGGCAUCGCCCGCUGGGUACAGCAGACGCUUGGGCGCCAUAAAGCGCCGAGAUAUGUGUAUUGGAUCGGGGACCCUGGCGUUGGACACGACUUCCCCAAGACGGGGAGUGGAAAACAUCAGAAACAUAUCCUUCGGGAUAUUGGGAGAAGACUAUUGCGCGCCAAUCCUGUGGGCACGGGAAAUUCACUAAGAGCACGAUUAUAG